CAGACAUGGCCUUCAAGCUUUUCAUCUUCGCCGCCGUAGUGGCCGUGGCGCGCGCCGGCUACCUGGGCGCCCCCGCCGUCGUCGCCCCCGGCGCUCCCCUGGCCGCCCGUGCCUAUGCCGCCCCCGCGUACGCCGCCCCCGCCUACGCUGCGUACGCCGCCCCCGCCUACGCCGCCCCCAUCGCUAGGGCUUACGCCCCAGCCCUGCGCGCCGCCCCUGUGGCCGUCGCCCCCGCCCUGAGGGCCGCCCCCGUCGCAGUCGCCGCCCCCGCCGCUGUGGCCGCCGAGUACGACCCCAACCCCCAGUACAGCUACGCCUACGACGUGCAGGACGCUCUGACCGGCGACUCCAAGACCCAGCACGAGACCCGCAACGGUGACGUCGUCCAGGGCAGCUACAGCCUGGUCGAGCCCGACGGCUCCAUCCGCACCGUCGACUACACCGCCGACCCCGUCAACGGCUUCAACGCCGUCGUGCACAAGGAGGCCGGCGCCCACCCCGCCCCCGUCGUCGCCAAGGUCGCCGCCCCCGUCGCCUACGCCGCCCCCGCCAUCGCUAAGGUGGCCGCCCCCGUCGCAUACGCCGCCCCCGCCUACGGAAAGGCCAUCCUGGGUUAAGAACCGUCCGAUUACGACGACGACACACCGCCUAGUUCAAACGUUGCUUCGCCUGAAAUAAUCAUCAUGCAGCGCAUAUUUAUUUGUAUCUUGUCUCAUCUCAUCAUACUACUAUGUACAAAUAA